UUUUCUGGAACGAUAAAGAUGUUUAGAGCUUUUUUUUUUACGGCCACAUGGAGAUCACUUCCUGUUGUCAAAAGCACUGCAACAUGAAAGUUGUAACUGCACAAGAUUUUGAUAAAACCAAACUUUAUUUUGUUAUUCUAUCUGUGUGAGUUUUUCACCAAUAACACAAUGUGUCGACAUUCAGCAGUUGUACUGUAGUUUCUAUUGCUAGUGGCAGAGUACGUCAUUCCCGGUUUUGGAAGACGUUACUGCAGUCCUACACUCUAAUAAAAGUUCCAACACCAUAGUGUAAAAACAAAGUCCUCUGUUCAAAAUGUAAUUAAGUAAAAAUUCCCAACAUCAGUUCUAAGCCAAUAAGAACAACCUUUGUGUUGCCAGGUUGUGCAAAAUCCUCUUUCAGCAGGGCACUAAAUAUAAACUACACUCAGGGGUCAGUUUAUUAGGAACCCCUGUGUCAGACUGAGUCAGUCUGAUCCAACAGUCCUGUAGUAAACCCUCCUCCAUGGAGGUGGUGAUGUUCAGGCUGUUUCACAGCUGGUUCACCUGUGUGUGUUACACUGAGAGCUGGCUCUGGUGUUUGGACACACUAAUACAAAGUGUAUAAAGUCAGUGAUUUAUUGAUUGUGUUCAUAUUCAGAUGUUUGAAUCCGAUUUUCUACAAAACAACAACAACAACAACAACAUACCCAUGAGAAAACUCUGGAUACACAAAUCAAACAUCCUGUUUCAUGUGAAGCCCCUCCCCACUCUAAAAUGGGUCCCAGUUCCAUCUGGGAACUCGGCUGACUGCAGACCAGUUCACUGGCUCGUGCGCGUUGAUUUCUGCUGUAUUUCUACUGUUCGCGGAGGCGGAGCAGCUGAAGCAGCAGUGGUGGUGGACCUGUGCCUUUGUAUAACCCAUAUUUGCCUCAGUCUCUGGACCGGUCCCAGCUGCAGGAUUAGUUCCCAGUUUAGCCCUUUGAAGGUGCUCCCAGCUUCUGACUGAAUCCACACCGUGAACAAAGACUCGAGCCCAGUGAAACACCGGACACGAGUCCAGAUAUUUAACAAUGCAACAGGCGUGGUUAAAGCUUCAAGGCUUGAAAAUGUGUUAAAGGUGAAAAAUGUUUUCUUGCCUUCGGCCUGAUGUUCUCCUGCAGGUCUAUGAUGUUCACAUCAGUUCUGUGGAAACGUCCCUAGGACGAACAUGAAGCCAAAGAAUCCGGCAGUACUGAUUGAUUAUUGGAAACGGAGAAUCUCAUAAGAACCAGGUGAACCGCGUUUCUAUUGGAGAAUCAUCUAAAGCUAUUUUACUGAUUCCUCUCAACACUAAUAUCAGACGGGCAGCUGAUCAUCUGAACAAUAUCUGUCCGAUCAUUUUAUCGACAGAUCACAUUAAAAAUGACAGUGACUCAGUCAAUCAGGUAAGUUAAAACGUAAGAAUCGAUAGGCUGGAUGGAUAAAAUCACAACUAAUCAGUAAUCGGUGAUCAAUGAUUUCAUAAAAGCAGCGAGAUGUCAAACAUAGCGUGAGUAUCGAUUUGUUUGAUCAGGUCAAUCUGUCUCCAUACCGAUCCGUGGGCGCGCACGUGCAAGGGCGUGAACGUGCGCGCACCCGCGACGUGGUGUGCGGUGAACGCUCGUGGUGCUGAUGGGAGUUUCAUUCAGAGUCUGAACACAGGAAGCUGUAUUGAUGAAGAAGGAUCUAUCAACGGAUCGCAUCAUCAGUCCGCGCUGAUCGAUCAGCGGCUGCAGCCGCAUUGAUCAGCCCGAUUGAUCCGGGAGCAGAGUGUGUACACGUGGCGACACUCAGUGUUAUCAAUUAGCCAGGUCAUCGAUUCUACCUGGGUUGAGUCGGAGCGCGAGGCGCCGUGGGAGACAAUCAGCUGAUCAGAGAACGGCGGGUGUGACACUGCGGGAGCCGGACUGGUUUCCGGAAGACGUGACGGAGGAGCCGGAGGUGCAGAAGUCAGUGGAGGGAAGCGUGCAGGUGAUCAGGUCAGAAGCUCUGAAGACUGUUUUACUCCCCCUACAGGACAGUGGAGGAACUGCAGCUGCACCACCACCCUACCAGUCAGUAACCAUUUCUGUGGUUGGAGUUGAGGCUGUUGGAUGGCCACAGGAGUGAACUACUGGAGCCCAUAUGAACUCAGUUUCAAGGUGAGUAAGUGUGUGUGGGGCAGAGAACAGGAGUCCAGCAGUGAGGAAGGUGGAGGAGGGGUCAGAUGGAAAACACCUGCCAUGGAGGUCAAAGGUCAACUCAUCUCAGCGACUGACCCUGUCACCUGUGCGGACAGGAAGCAGAGAGAGAGAAUGGCGGAACUACAGGAAAGGAGGCGGAGCCUACAGGUGCUGCUGGGCAUGCGGUUGGCUGAGCUGAGACGAAUUUGUCUGCAGGAGGCGGAGCUGACAGGUACCGUGCCCAGGGAAUUCCCCCUGGAGGUGGGGGAGAAACCCCCCUGUGUCCGAAGGAGAGGGGGGGCCUUCAGCCAUGGCAACAGGAAGUGCAGAGCAGAGGAGGAAGACUCUCAGCGUUCAAAGCCGAAGAAAACCUUAUUCAGUGGUGCUCUGAGGAAACACAGUGACUCUGACCAUAGUACAAACACGCAAACACACACACACCAUGGCAAGAGGACUGUGCACAGAGGGUGUCACACAGAUGACACAGUGAGGUCAGAGAGCAGCUCCACAUCAGACUCAACAGGACACGACAACGGAUCUCCUGUGGAGGUUUUCUACCAGAACAAAACUAGGAACUCGCUGCACAGGUCUGACCAUCUAGAGACUCAUCAGACCCACAAGCCCCUCCCCCUGCCUCCCUCUUGUCCUCUCCCUCUUGAUCCUCCCCCUCCUCUCCCUGGCUCUCAAGACUCCUCUUCCUCCUCUGGACCAUCUGAUCCAGGACCAGCUGGGGAGGGGGUGGCCAGGAUUAGUGUGGCUUGUAGCAGUAAUAACUCUGACAGCCUCCUGGACUGCAUCACCCCCCUGAAGGAGGAGGGGAGGCCACAGCAGGCGGUACUGUGGGUAAACAGUCAACCGGGGUCCAGAGGAAUGAAUACUGCUGGAGCGUUCAGGAUCUCUGAGAUGCUGAUGGACAGAAAGACCAGGAUGAAUAACGGACCCAAUGAGGUGGGAGGGACAGGGGGAGGAGUAGGACAAGAAAGAGGUGGAAGGGGACGAACAGGAGGGGGGCACAGUGAGGUGCUGCUGGACUACAUCUGGGGGAAACAGCAGCAGCUGCAGCGACAGCAGCCAAUCACAUCACAGCACCAGCUGCUCUACAAUGACCACUCCUCUGAGCAGGCCCCCAGAGCCUUGCCCACUUACCGCGGUCACCCUGCCGACCAGCGGCGAGUCAAGGUGAGCCGCACUAAGUCCUGCGGCCCCUUCCUCCCUGUGCAGCAGAGCCAAUCCGAUACCCCUAAUCCUCUUCCAUCUGCCAUCCAGCCAGACCCCCAUCCCCACCUGCUGCCUCCCAGACCACCACAGCUGCCCCCCAACCAGGACACCCAGCUAGAGGAAGCCACCAGGAGCCUCCACAAGGCCCUUGCCCUGGAAGGUUUGAGGGACUGGUACCUGAGGAACACGAUAGGCUCCACCCACCAAAAUCAGACCAAUGGAAAGGCUAACGCAGGGGCCAGCACUACAGUCGAUGGUGGAGUCAAAGGUCAGGCAGGUGGGGUAGCUCUGCAGCGCAGACGGACAACACAUGGUGCCAUCCAGCAGUUGACCUAUCAGAUGGAGACAAGUCAUCAUCACGCCACAUCACUUCACAAACAGAUGUUGCCACACUCGGCCACAUUCCACGGACACCCGCUUCAUGGCAGAAACAGGACGUUCCUCUCAGAGCCUCGACUGUGGACCAGCCAUCACCAGGGACCCUGGUCUGACUCAGAUACCAAUCCGGAUGCUCACAGACAGAAAAAUGGACCGAUCCCAGGUUGGCUUCCUGGAACCAGCAACCUGCAGGACUAUAUGUCCUGCAGCAGCAUCUGGGAUCACACCACCUGGCUUCAGCUGAAACCCCACCAUGAUGUCAAGCAAAGGAUGAUAAUGAUGUCACUGAACUGAACUAAUUCCCCCGUGCCCUUCUCUGGGUUAAACCCAUGUGGAUCUGCCAGCUGACCCUGGUCUGGACCAGGUUCAGAUGCUGCACAGCUUUGGUGAACUGGUUUUUCUGUGACUAUCUACAGUCUGAACCAGUUUCACAACCAAAGGAAUUUUGGAUCAAACUUUUACAUGUGAGCUGCAGGUUUUCAGCUGGUGUUGGACUGUUUUUUCUCAUCUGUAGCCUUUGAGCAGACUUUGCUGCGACAAUCAGGACACGUCAGAGUUUUUAUAUAAACAAACCUUUGAUAAACGUGAUGAUGGUGACACAUUUAGCUCGCUGGCAUCACCAGCUCCAUCCACCCAACCAGCAGGUUCUUUUGAUAAAGUUCAACCAAUCAGAUCAGGUGACCUGUUCUCAGGUGAGUCCAGAAACCACUAGGUGGAGUUCUGCAGGUGUUUUUCACAGCUCAGACUCAGUGUCUCUGCAUUAGAAGUAAACCAGCUGCUGCAGAUGGAUCAGGUCCUCCUCACCUGAACCUGUUACUGUGUUUCUGAACAGCCAGUACAGACUACAGACCUGGACCUGGUCUCCUCUGUCAUCAGGAGCCUUAUUUAUAAACUGUGUAGGAUCCAAACCAGAAACUAGCACUACUCGGCCCUCAGCUCCAAACAAAAUUUGAAAAAAGGAGGGCGACAGUGGUGCGGUGAGUGGUGGUGAACAAAUCAGCCAAAUAUUCAGUCUCCCCACAUUCCCUCUGGACUGAGACCAGGUCUUCAUUCUGAGCUGAUCAGGUCCGGGUUUUCAGGUCUCUGCAGGACUCUGUCAGAAACCAGAUCCAGUCUGAGAGCAAUAAGAGGUUUAAACUGUUUCAGGACAAAAAAUGUUGCAGCGACAAUCAGAUGACACUGUCACAUUUGAUUGAUUCUUUUGUGAUUGAUUGGUUUAUGGAUUGACUGAAUUGAUUUUGCUUUGUUUGGAGCUCUAGUGAAACUUUUAUAAAACGAAUUCCAUAUGAAUGAAAUGCAGCUUUUUAAAACGCGUGAUGUCAGUGUUUUAUUUAUGCUGAGUGUUUCCUCUACUGUGUCGUCUUGUGAGUUGAUUUUAUUCCUGCAGCGUUGGAUCAGUUAGUCCCUGAACCAAAAACUUUCAGUCUGUGGUUUGUUUUCUCUGUUCUGUUCUCAGUUUUUUAAGUCAGGUUGUUCAGUGUCACAAAGUCAUACUGACCUCCAUGCGAAGCCAUGGUCACAUGACAUGCCAGGCACUUCACAUCAAAACACAUGAAGAAGAAACACAGUCUGUGUUGCAUUUAAAAAAGAAGGCUGGUGAUUUUAUGCUGCUCCACCAGCUCCCCCCGCUGCACAGAACAACACGUUGGAGCCGUUUGUUGGAAACAGAUGCCUCCCGUGUUUCCUGAGGAGGAAACGUGCAGCAGGGUGACUCACUGGGGGGUUUAAUAGCUGGUGGACAACAGUGGAGGUCUACGGUACAGAGCGAUAAACUGGACUCACAUUACGGUGAGGACACCACGUUCACUGGUGCUGCUGGUCUCUGGACGGGGUUGGUGGGGGAUGACAAUAGAGACAAUCACUGACUCUAACCUGUAACAUCUUUUCUAGUCAGUGAUCGCUGUGGAGUGUUGGCUGAACUCCAGACAAGUUUUACUGUCUGUGUCUGUGGUUCAGAAACUAAUACAACAAAUUUUCAGAUUACUGCAUCCACAAUCAAACAAAGCAAAUCACUGUGAUGUCACAGCGCAGGUGCCUGGUCUCUUCACAUGAUGGGCUGCUCUCUAAUGAGCCACUCAUCACCUGUAGCAUUCAGACCAGUCUGAAUUAGUGUCAGGCCUGAAUCCAGUUUGAUCUGACAGUGAAAACACUGUCAGAUCCAACGGACAUGAAAAUGACAUGAAUCCAGUUGCAUAAGAGAGAAACUCAAGUACUGUACUUACUGUAUGUACAAUUCUGAGGUAUCUGUACUUUGAGUAUUUCCGUGUCCUGCUGCUUCAUACUGUGACUUCAUUCUAUGUCAGAGACAAACCGUGUACUUUUUUACUACACGUCAUGUACGUACCUUGAAUCAGAUGAAUCAAACCAAACCCAGUAGAACCAUCAGACUCUAUUGAUCCCAGUAGGAAAUCCACCAGCUA